CGAAGGGCACGGCCCGUCGCUGACGUCCUGCCGCAAGCUCUCUCACCUGCUGGACGCCGUCUCUCUAUCCCUCUCUACCCCUCGCAUGCGUGUGAGCUCCGCAACACCACAACAGCCAUGGCUACCGGACGCGACAAGUACGCCCGCCAGAGCCUAGGCACCCUCCACUCACGCGUCAAGCAGGCGCGUGUGUUGAUGGUGGGCGCUGGUGGCAUCGGCUGCGAGCUGCUCAAGAAUCUGGUGCUCAACGGUUUUGGCGAGAUACACAUAGUGGACCUCGAUACGAUCGACCUGAGCAACCUCAAUCGCCAGUUCCUGUUCCGCAACGAGCACAUCAAGAAGUCGAAGGCAUUGGUUGCAAAAGAGUCCGCUGGCAGGUUCAACCCCAACGUUAGGAUCGAAGCCUACCACGAUAAUAUCAAGGACCCCAAAUUCAACGUCGCCUUCUUCAAGACCUUCGGUGUCGUCUUCAAUGCGCUGGACAACCUGGAUGCACGACGGCAUGUGAAUAAGAUGUGCUUGGCGGCCGACGUCCCUCUCGUUGAGAGCGGCACGACUGGAUUCAACGGACAGGUCCAGGUCAUUCGCAAGGGCAAGUCACAAUGCUACGACUGCAAUCCGAAAGACCCGCCAAAAUCGUUUCCCGUCUGCACGAUUCGAAGCACCCCGUCGCAGCCUAUCCACUGCAUAGUGUGGGCAAAAUCAUACCUCUUCACCGAGAUCUUCGGCUCCUCCGAAGAUGAUGCGCCCGAGCUGAAUCACAGUGAGGACUCAGAGAACGCAAAGGAGAUUGAGAACCUGCGGAAGGAGGCACAAGCCCUGCAUCGCAUACGGCAAUCUAUGGGAUCGGAGGACUUCCCGCGUCUGGUUUUUAAUAAAGUGUUCAAAGAGGACAUUGACCGGUUACGGAGCAUGGAAGAUAUGUGGAAGAGUCGGAAGGCCCCCGAGCCGCUGGAUUAUGACACUUUAUCUCAAGAGGCGCUUGGCGUUGGAUCUGCAAUCGCACAGAAAGAUCAGGUCGAGUGGACUGUGUCCGAGAAUUUCGCAGUCUUUUUAGACAGCCUACGACGAUUGAGCGACCGUCUCGAGGAGACGCGAGCAAAUGCGGACACCGGAAAUUCGCCGCCAAUUCUCAGUUUUGACAAGGAUGAUGAGGACACCCUAGACUUCGUGGCUGCGAGCGCCAAUCUCAGGUCUGCAGUUUUUGGUAUUGACAGAAGGUCGAAGUUCGAUAUCAAGCAAAUGGCUGGCAAUAUUAUCCCCGCAAUCGCGACUACGAACGCCAUGACUGCAUCACUUUGCGUCCUUCAAGCAUUCAAAGUCAUGCGCGACGACCUAGCAAAAGCCAAGAUGGUCUUCCUCGCGCCGAACGGUACGGAGCGGCGAUUGACGACCGAACCUCUGCAAGCCCCCAAUCCAUCAUGUCCGGCCUGCAGCGUAGCACAAUCCACGGUCAUUGUCGACCCAUCUCGAGCGACGUUGAACGACCUAGUCCAGGAUCUCCUGCGGUUACAACUCGGAUACGGCGAGGAAUUCAGCGUGAACAGCGAGGCCGGCAUCCUCUAUGACCCGGAGGAAGAUACGAAUCUCAAUAAGACGUUCAAAGAGCUGGGACUGGUUGACGAUAGUUUCAUCACUGUGAUUGACGAGGAGGACGAGGACACUAAGGUCAAUCUAGUUCUGUCCAUCUCCGCGAAAGAGCUGAAAAAGGACACCAAGCCAAUACAUCUACCCGAGAAGCUCAAAAUCCCGCCGAAGCCGAAGCCGGCAGCCCCGACAGAGGCUGGCGGUUUCGUACAUGCGACAAUGCAUCCCACCUCCAAUGGAGUCACCAAUGGCCUUCAAAAUGGAGACCGCAAGCGCACCGCUGACCAAGCCGGGCUCGAAGACGAGCUGGUCCGGAAGAAGGGCAAGGUGGCUGCGAAGCCUGACGACGAUGAUGUCGUGAUCGUCGACGAUCCGACCGAUGGCGCAAUCGUCAUUGACGACGACUGAGAAAUAUGCUUCUACAGCACUUCUAACUUCUUCGAUCCUAUCUUUCGAAUCGUCUACCCGGCAUCGUCACACCUUGGUUCAUCCUCCAUCAGCGGCAUCUUGACAACUUGGUACUACCUCUGUACCCACAUAGAUCUCGUCUUCCUCACUUUCUCGGCGUUUUUGGCGGCUAUAGGAAUAUACCAUAACUUUGGAGCAGGGGAUUUGGCUUUUGAGGGGGGGGGGAGAGGGAAUAUCUGGAGAAUGUGGAGCAUCGCAUGCCAUCUACGAGGCAGGGAAACAGCGCGUCCUUACAUAGCUGAAAGGCCGCCGUCCAGGUUAAUCACGCAGUUAUGCGCGUAUUGGUUCUUGGCCAGGAACAGAGCUGCUAAGGCAAUUUCUUCGGGCUUGCCGAAGCGCUUCAGUGGAAUGCGGUUUAUCAGGGCGGAAUGGUCGAGCCCUAUGCGUAGUGUACAGAAGUAUUAGCUAAGGAAAUCACAGUUCAGAUAGACAGUC